GGACGACGUCUAGCGACCUGGUUAUGGGAAGAGACCUUCAUACUAACGUGACAGAAUUCAUUUUCUUAGGAUUCUCUGACUUAUCCCUUACUCUUCAAGCCAUUGUCUUUAACUUCUUUCUGUUUUCCUACAUCCUCACAUUGCUGGGAAAUGGUGUAAUCAUACUGACUAUUUCGUUAGACCCUGCAUUUCAAACUCCCAUGUAUUUCUUCCUGAGGAAUCUAUCAUUCCUUGAGCUUUGCCUAACUACGGUCACUGUUCCAAAAGUCCUGCACGAUUUCCUAAGUGGAAAUAGGUCCAUCUCCUUCAUUGGUUGUGCUACUCAGAUGUUUGUCUUCUUCUCUGUUGGAGUUUCAGAAUGUGUUUUCCUUUUGGUGAUGGCCUUUGAUCGCUAUGUAGCUAUCUGCCACCCAUUAAGAUACAUGUCUGUUAUGAGCAAUACAUUGUGUUAUAAGUUAACCAUUGGGUCAUGGAUGGUGGGGUUCUUGGUAUCUUUCGGGCAAACCACCUUCAUCUUUACAUUGCCUUAUUGUAAUUCUAACCAUUUAGACCAUUUUUUCUGUGAUAUUCCCCCACUUCUCAGCCUGGCCUGUGCUGACACCUUCAUCAAUGAACUGUGUGUCUUCAUAGCUUGUCUUGUGGGGGCCACGAUCCCAUUCCUUUUUAUUAUCUGCUCAUAUAUCAACAUUCUGUCCUCCAUAAUGCGCAUUCAUUCAGCAGAGGGACGUCAGAAGGCACUGUCUACUUGUGUGUCUCACCUGACCUCUGUUAUUCUUUUCUAUGGGACAGCCAUGUUUGUUCAUCUUCGUUUACGAUCCCAGAGAUCUCCUUUUAAUGAUCGAAUGAUUUCACUCUUUUAUUGCAUCUUAAUACCUCUCAUUAACCCCUUGAUAUACAGCCUGAGGAACAAAGAUAUGAAUAAAGCUCUGGGAAAAAUAUUUUUAGAUUUUCCUAAACAAGUGCAAUAUUAA